CCUUCUGGGUGUGCACAUGUGUGAUACACACCUGGGAUCAAAGCUGUCUAUAAAAAGUCCUUGAAUCUGUGUGGGUUCAAACAUAUUUCAAAGCUUCAGGAUCCUGAAAGGUCUCACUCUGCUUCCUAAGGACCUGGACAUAGCUCCUGUAAAGCAAUGGCUUGCCUUGGAUUCCAGAGGCCUGAGGCUGGCUUGGAGCCAGCUCCCAGUGCCUGGUCCUGCACUGCCCUGCUUUCUCUUCUCUUCAUCCCCAUCUUCUCCAAAGCGAUGCACGUGGCCCAGCCUGCGGUGGUGCUGGCCAGCAGCCGGGGAGUUGCCAGCUUUGUGUGUGAGUAUGCAGCUUUUCACAAAGCCACCGAGGUCCGGGUGACAGUGCUGCGGCAGAUAGCCAGCCAAGUGACUGAGGUCUGUGCCACAACGUACACAGUGGAGAAUGAGUUGACCUUCCUAGAUGACUCCAGCUGCACUGGCACCUCCAGUGGAAACCAGGUGAAUCUCACUAUCCAAGGACUGAGGACUGCAGACACCGGGCUGUACAUCUGCAAGGUGGAGCUCAUGUACCCACCACCAUACUAUAUGGGCCUGGGCAACGGAACCCAGAUUUAUGUCAUUGAACCAGAACCAUGCCCAGAUUCUGAUUUUCUUCUUUGGAUCCUUGCAGCAGUUAGUUCGGGGUUGUUUUUUUACAGCUUCCUCGUCACAGCUGUUUCUUUGAGUAAAAUGUUGAAGAAAAGAAGCCCUCUUACAACAGGGGUCUAUGUGAAAAUGCCCCCAACAGAGCCAGAAUGUGAAAAGCAAUUUCAACCUUAUUUUAUUCCAAUUGAGAGACCUUUGUGAAGAAAGAAAGACUGUAUUUCAACUUCUAAGAGCUGAGACAAUUUUAACUUUUUUUUUCCUUUUUAACUAUCCAGCUAUUUUAAAAAAAUUUGUGGUGUAUUCUGGAGAGGAAUUUGCCUUGCUUUAACAUAAAGCUGGAUAUAGAACUCACAUUAAACAUACUACAUUUUAAAUCAAAGGAGCAAGAAAAUGGAGCCAAGAUGUUUCUAUCACAUCAGACCCAAUUUUAGCAAAAGAAUCACUUGGGAGUGAUGUGAGGAUACAGCAUUAUGAUGUGGGGAUCAGUGAACUAAGGGAAUGACAGUGCAAAGGGAGAGGACUAGACUGUACACACCUUGUAUUUAUGAGUGAGAUGUUUGUAGCUGAAAUGAUCUUUAAAUUUUUUUUCUGUGUUAUUUCUCUUAGCAAAUAUAUAAUUACAUGAAGUUUUUUUUUUUAAAAAAACAUUCACUUGACUAUAUUUUAGCCAGUGAUUCCAAAGGUUAUAUUGUACCAAUAUGUAUUUUUUAAAAUAGUAUUGUGCAUGAAGGUUACAUGUGCUUUUGUGUAUUUGGUAAUGGUUUGAAUAUAAACACUAUAUGACAGUGUCUUCCCACUAUGGGUUCUGGGGGAAGUUUGUGGAGGAUCUCAGGACACUAAUACACCAGGUAGAAGACAGUCACUUGCUAACUAGCUUAGAAACUAGGUGAGGUUGUGGCAGUACUCAGAUGCACUAAAUUGGUGUUGACAUGAGCUUUGAGGUUUUAUACCAGCUUCUUUCAGUGAUUUAUAAGGAAGCCAAAACUGGGGUAUGUGUGUUAACCUGACAGGACACUGUUGUCAAGACAGUGGCUCACUCCAGGAAAGCCAUAGGCAUGACCUUCUAAGAAGCUCCAGUUCCAGGGGCCCAAUUCCUUACAGAUGCAGAGUUAAUGCCACAGACAGAAGAAAGCAGCAGUUGGCAGAAUGGGGUGCAUGAAAGUUUCUGAAAACUAACAUUGUUGGUGUUUUUUAACUCAAUAUUUUCCAUGAAAAUGCAACAACGUGUAUAAUACUUUUAAUUAAAUAAAAGUGUUUGGUGGUUGUUUUAAA